UGUAAUCUCGGUUUUCUGAUGCUUUGGUCUGGCGGCCGCCAUUGCCCCGGUUGGUUACUGUUGUUAGUGUCCGGUGCUGUCCUAACGAAUCUUCAACUUCUCACCCUGCUCUUUCACAUAACGAGGGAUUCCUCGAUUCAGAGACCGUGACAGAGAACCGCACGAAAGGCCCAGGCCCAUCUUGCACACCCAGGCCCAAGACAGGCCGCAAAGGCUCCCAUGAAGUCUGUUUGUCUGUAUCUGGAUGUCAGCUCCUACACCUCAUCCUGAAACCGCGUGCAGACUGUGUCAUGAGGGUAGUUCCCGAGAAGAAUGCGGUCCGUAUCUUAUCUGGCCGAGAGCGAGGAACACAUGCUCGGGGGGCACAGCGUCUCCUGCAGUGUCUAGUGGAGGACAAGACUCGCUUCAUGAAAUGGGAGGGCAAGAAGGUGGAGCUUCCUGACAGCCCUCGUUCUACAUUCCUACUGGCUUUUAGCCCAGACAGGACCCUGCUUGCAUCAACCCAUGUCAACCACAACAUUUAUAUAACAGAAGUGAAGACAGGACGCUGCAUCCAUUCUCUGGUAGGACACAGGCGUACCCCAUGGUGUGUGACCUUUCAUCCCACUAUCCCGGGCCUUAUUGCGUCUGGCUGCCUCGAUGGAGAGGUUCGCAUAUGGGAUUUACAUGGUGGCAGUGAAAGCUGGUUUACUGACAGCAACAACGCCAUCGCUUCCUUGGCCUUUCACCCCACCGUACAACUCCUCCUUAUUGCCACCGCCAAUGAGAUCCACUUUUGGGACUGGAGCAGACGGGAGCCUUUUGCUGUGGUAAAAACAGCCAGCGAGAUGGAGCGUGUACGGUUGGUACGAUUCGACCCCCUUGGGCAUUAUCUUCUAACUGCUAUAGUAAACCCCUCCAACCAGCAGAGUGAUGAAGAAUCAGAGAUACCACUGGACAGUGCAGAAAUUCCCAUAUAUCGCCAGCGCUCCCUACUACAGAAUCAACCAGUGCGCCGGACCCCGCUGCUUCACAACUUCCUGCAUAUGCUAUCGUCCCGUUCCUCUGGUACCCAAGCCGGGGAGCAGCCUCCAGUUCAGGACUCCGCCACCCCAUCGCCUCCCCCUCCCCCCCCUCCUCCUCUCCCUCCCCCAACAACUGAAAGUAACCAGCGCCUCCAUUAUUCUCGAAUGCGUGAGCGGGCACCUGGUGUCAGUGCUCCAUGCUGUCAGGACCCUAGCAUGUUGUGCCUCUGUAUUAGAUGUUCCAGUGCACGGUUGUCCUCUCCACUCUUUCCCCACCCAGAAUCAUCUGGAGCCCCCUCUACCUCUUCAGGGGUCACCUCCACGUCCUUCUCUCCAGUACAGACUGAGCCCUCACAUUCAUCAGAGCGACAACAGCACCAAUCAUCUGCUCAGCAUGAUCAUGGACUUCUGAGCCGCCCCUCUGCCUUCAGUAGCGUGCAUAGCAGCACAGCUGGUAAUACACUGCGUACCCUGAGCCUUGGACCAACGCGACGCUCCCUGACUGGACAGCCUUCCCGCUACCAGCAACCUACUGCUGAUUUAAGUGGCUCAGAAUGGACACGAACAGUGCUAAACUUGGGACCCCGGCCUGAGAUGGAACCCAUGCCCCCUCCACGAACAAGCGCCUCUUCUGUUAGCCUUUUGUCAGUCCUGCGUCAGCAGGAAGGAGAGUCUUCAUCCUCUGUUUACACCUCUGCUACAGAGGGUCGUGGAUUUUCUAGUACUGAUGCAGAGAGCUCAGGAGCUCAGCCACCCAUUCACCCUACAGCUGCUAGGACAGAGCUGCAAUGUGACCUGCGUCGUUUUUUCCUUGAAUAUGACAGACUAAAUGAGUUAGAGUCGGGAGCACAGGGUGCAGCACAGGGACAAGCACAUGAGAUGCUUAACAAUAACCUGGAGCCAGAGCAACCCGGUACGUCCCAUCAAACCAGCCAGGGUCAUGGUGGGGAAAGCAGUUCUAGCCAGCCCAGGGGGCAUAUGAACCGUUGCCGAGCAUGUCAUAAUCUGCUGACCUUUAACAAUGACACCUUGCGCUGGGAAAGGACACCCCCAACUUACCCAGAAGUAGCAGGGACUUCUGCCUGGCAACCAUCCCCCAUCCCUCCUCCAAGCUCAUUCCAGGCUGGUCUAGUUGCAGGUAGCGUAGAGCAACCUGUAGCACCAGGUGUUGAGAGGCCAGAGGUAGGAAACAUGUCAGGCAGUGGCAAUCGGUUGGAAGCUGCUGCCUCUGGGACAACACAGGAGGAAAGGACAGUGGGAGUAGUGUAUAAUCCUGAGACUGGACACUGGGAACGGGUCUACAGCCAACCAGCAUCUGUAAACCGAGCUCCGAAUGUAACCCAAGAGGCCUUACCACAGGAUUUGCCAGAGGAGAGCACUGAAGAAGACUCUCUUAGGAGGUAAGAAAAAUAAAUGUUUCUAUAUGUAAGUGGUAGCUGAUAUCCCACCAGUCUUAUUGUUUGUGGAAUGCUCGUAUAUACAUUAUCACUUAC